AGCACUGCAACAUUGUGAUGUACUUGUUUGCGGUCGUAGGCUCAAAAGGCACCGCCAACAUUUGCAAGCUAGCAAACACUGCCUUCUUCGGUAUCGCCAGCUUCAAAUCUCGCUCAAUGCUGGGUUGUAUAGCCCUGCCAAAUGGAGAUGGACGAUGAGCUGGAGAACUUCAUCAGGGAGCGGAAGGCAAGAGUGGCUCAGGAUAAAGCAAGUCUAGAACAAGACCCUCCUUACAUGGAAAUAAAGGCAAAACCCCACAGAGCCUAUGAGUCUACUGUUAAGGAGAACAUCCCUCCCAAGUCUGUUGCACAGGGGAAAGAGGAGAGUUGCAGUGUGGGUCUUCCCCUUGGUGUGGAGUACGAAAGGAAGAAACAGAGGCUGCAGCAUGAGCUCCGUUUGGACUACAGGCGCUACAUGGCUCAGAAAAAACACUUUAACCCUGGAGAGCCUGGACCAUUAAUUCACCUCGAAACCAGGAGGUCUGUCAAGCAACACCUGCUUGAAGACCGGACAGGUGUUCUUCCUAAACAGCGGGCCUCCUCACGGAGGGAUGCAGCCACUCUCACAGAGGACAAUAAGGGAUGGCACAGGGCUCUGCACCUCGCUGAGGUUAAGACCCUCUGUCCCGAGGAGGAAGAAGAGCAGUUAUCCAUGGCUCCUAGGCAUCAUGAGAGGUUGGGGAGGCCAGUGGACCAAGAAUCAGACGAAGAGGAGUAUUUCAAGGAGGAGCUAGACCUGGUGGAAGGCAGAAGGCGCAGACAUACGGAGAUUGAGGCCGGUUAUGAGAAGAGACGAACCAAUAAGACUGAUGGCAGGGAGAGGAGGGAGAAUCCAGCAGCUUUUGCCAGAGAAGGCAGGAGAUGGGGAGCACUGCCAAAAAAUGAGGAUGCUGAGUUUGCCACUGGCCUUCUAAUAGGAGCAGCUGAUACAGAUGAGGCUUUGCGGAGGAGGAAGGAGCGUUACAGACAGGAACUGCAGGAGCAGAUAGCUGAACAACACAGGAACAAGAAGAGGGAGAGAGAUUUGGAGCUGAGAGUUGCUGCGACGGGGGUGAAUGAUCCUGAGAAACAGCCGGACCGAAUCAGACAGUUUGGACUGAGCAGGAGAAAAGAUCCUCAGGUUUUGGAGCCUUCAGUAACAUCAGAGCGUGAAUCAUCAUCCAGAGGUCUGCCCAAUGAUGAGAAGAUUAGUGUUAGGGAAAGAGUAACGCCGCCUCCUGAGCAGCCUCACGUGGCUUUCCAGUCCCCCAUGUUGGAGUACAGCUCUGCCCUGGGCCUGGGAGGAGGAGGAUUGUCUCCCAACAGUCAGCCUGCUGCCCUUUCCUUCCCCAGAGCCACAGUGACUCCCAGAAUUCCUUUGUUCCCUCCACAUCCUCCUGCAACACUCAGUGAAACCUACAGGAGCCCGUAUGGAGAGCCCCAUCACUGCUAUGGCACCAGAAACCUGCUUGACCCAAACAUGGCCUACUAUGGUCAUUUGUCUGUCCCUGGUGCUGGGCUUCCCAUGUCCUAUUUCAACGUACCACCGGGGGGAGCUGUGUCCAGCCAGUUUGGUAACCACAGCCCUCGCAGCCAGCACAGUGGAAGCAGCUUCCCUGAGCCACCAAUACAGCCCAGCAGUGAGGCUGCUACUAUGGAUUCGCAAGUCAGGGCUUUCCCUUCAGAGAGAUCCAGGUCUACCAGGGAGAGGAUUUUUAGCUACAGAGAUGCUCUCAAAGAACAGAUCCAGGAGCAACAGGAAAGGAGGCGUCUGGAAAGGGAGGAGAGGGAGCGUUAUGAGGCCCAGCUGGAGGCUGACAUGAAGAACCACCAGCCCUGGGGUCGAGGUGGAGGAGGGGCCCCUCUUAGAGACAGCACUGGAAAUCUCAUUGCUGACCUCAACCAGAUGCACAAGCUGAAUGAGGAGGCCUACAGCAACCCAGAGCAGUGGCAGAGAAGAGCCACGGCUGCCAGGACGGCACGAAAGGCAGAGCACCCUGACCCCAAUGAGAGGGUCUCUGGUACUGUAGCAGAGUGCAGUCUCCAUGACACUAGCGACAAGCCCUCUGGUUUCACCCAUGUCCAAACCCCCAAGUUUGCUAGAGGCAAUGUUUUUGCCAACCAGCCCACCCAGCACCAGCUCCAGGAGCAGGACAAGUACAAAGCUUACCUCAAACAGCAGAUUGAGGAAAAAACGCGUAAAAAGGCAGAGGAGAGGGAACAGACCAGACUGGAAGAGGAGAAAGAGGAGAAGAGACUGGCGGAGCAGAGGGCUCGCAUCCAGAGGGAGUACGAGGAAGAACAAGAGAGGAAAAAACGAAAGGAAAUGGAGCAAAAGGCCAAGAAUGAAGAGCUAAUCCAGCUGGCUGAACAGAGGAAGAAGGAAGCUGAGAGGAAGAAGACGGAAGUGGAAGAGAAGGAGAAUGCAGCACUGAGGAGGCAGUAUGAGAGGGAGAGGCAGGCUCGGGUGGACGAGGUCUGCAGGGAGCCUUCGCCUCCAAUACCCACCCUGCAAAAGAAACAUGGGCUACACCAGUACACCCCCAGACCCCCAACUGUUGACAGCCAGCGCUCUACUGCCCCCCUGUCUGAGCGCUCUUUGUCUGGUCUCCAGUCCCCUCCUGUCCCUGCUUGUAGGAACCAGCUCCGAGCUGCAGGUGACCAGCGCGAGGUGUUCAGUGAGCUUUCAGCUCUGCGUCGGCAGCUUCGCAGUGAACAGAAACGGCUGGAGGGCUGUCUGCAGCAGGGCGACUGGGAGGAAUUAGACUCUCCUCUGAGUGACAGACAUGGGGAGCAUCCCAUGGUGGAUGUGUUUGAUAUGGCCAGGCUGCGGCUCCAAGCUCCAGUCCGAAGGCCCAACUCCAGAAACAUGGAUCCCAGAAACCUGCUGCGAAUCCACGACUCCCUUCAGCUUAAAUACGCAGAUGGGAAGUCCAGGCUGGGCUCCAGUGAGGUUCCAAAGCUGGAGGAAGUGGGUGUGACCAGCAGGAGAAGGCAUGACUACAGGGAUCCAAAUCGCCAGUUCAGCAGCCCGAGGUCUACAGUUCAGGACGAUUAUCUUGACCUGUCUCCACCACAGCAAAAUGAUUAUCUGAAGAGUGUGAUGGGGGGAUCUGCAAGAGGUUCUCUGCUGGAGUCAGAGAGUGCAUUCAUUGACCCCCUAGGUGAUGCCUUUCCAGUCCCCCGCACCCCAGAGUUUGAGAAGACCCCCCCGCUGUCGGCCAGGGAGAGGAGGAGGCUGGCCAAACAGUCACAGCACCCUCUGGAACGAGCUGCUUCCAGCCAGUCCACUGGCCAAGAUGACUACUCCACUCACACAGGUAACAGGCUGCAGCAGGAGCAAGGAGGUGAAGAGGAGCGGUACAGGACAGGUCGUCUGAUGGCUCUCAGUAAACGUGGAUACACUGCCGGACCAGUGGAUCGGUCUGAUGACGACUCCUUCCCUCCUCAAUUUUCUCUCCACAAUCUUAACCAUCCGAGCUCAGUAGAAACUGUCGCCACAGAUCCCUGGAUGCGGCCAGGAACAUCGGACACACACAAAUGUUUGGACCGUCCAUCAAGGAGGGAGUGGUUGGCAACAUAGGACCGACCCUGUUGCUCAAACCUGAGAGGUUCCUCGUACUUUUGGAAGUCAGUUGUACCACAGACUUCCCUGUCUUUGAAUUAUGAGACUAGGACGGGUUUUAACUCGUUGCUUUUGUGACAAAUGGAUGCAAGUAUGAAUGA